AUGAAUAAUCUGGAUCAUGUUAAAAAUUUUUAUCCGGAAAACUACAAGUUAGAUCUAUCAGAGACAAUGAAAGCCGCCCUUUCGAAAGGCCCAGGAGGAGUAAGUGUUGGUGGGCUUGGUAGUGGGGUUGGUGGUGGCUCGGCUGUUGCCAGCGGCAGUGGUGGUGCUCAUGGAAUGGGCACAACAGUGUCCCAUGGCGAUUUGCAGACUGGCAGCAAUUCUGCAAUUCCUGGUGUUGGAUAUGUUACGGAAAAGCUGUACAUGCUAUUGCAGCUAUACUUGCAAAAUAAAGGAUGGAAUCCCAGUGCUGAAUUAUUACAAUGUUUCACGGAUUUAAAAGACAACGCUAUGCUGCCUAGCGCAGCCUAUUUGCAGGUUCUUGCCAAUCGCCUAACAUUAGACGCACAAGGACGGUUGAUACUACGUGAAAAUGGCAAAAUUGUACUACCAUUUGAACAUUUUGCUAAUGCUGUAAUGCUUAAACACAUGUCUGGACCACAUGGGUUACAUUUAAGUGUUGAAGCCACUGUGCGCGCUGUCAUCGAAUCAUACACCAUAGGUCGAGAAAAUUUUGGCAUGGAAAAAGAAUUUAUUAUUGAAGUAGUGCAGUCUUGCCCUAGCCCAGCAUGUCGCUAUUAUAAAAACCAUCUAGGAUUGUCGCCAUUACCCUUUAUGGAGCAGCAAUUUCCCGGAGUUAAUCCGGCAGACUUCCUACAACAUUUACCACACUUGCCUCCACCACCGCCACCACCUCAUUCAAUGGUGACCGGAUCAGCAAACAGUGGUGUGCAGUCAUCAGGAUCUGGAAGCUCCGGAGGGAGUAGUAGCAAUGUUGGUUCUAACAGUGGCAGUUCAGUAAGCAGUGGAGGAGAAGUCGAUUUAACAAAAAGUUCGCCAGCUUCACAUGCGUCAACUCCCAAGGUACCUGUGGUGCCACCACAGUUACAAAUGCUCACUAAGCAGCAGCAAAACAGUAUACAAUCUCAGUUGUCGCAGCUUAGUGCUGCUGCAGCCGCCGCUGCACACCAUCAGCAGCAACAACAACAAGCAGCUGCCGCUGCUGCUGCGGCCGCUGCUGCAGCUGCAGCCAAGCAACAACAGCAACAACAGGCUCAGGCACAGGCACAGGCUCAAGCAGCAGCUGUGGCUCAGCAACAACAGCAACAGCAAUUGACAGCAGCACUUUUACAGCAGCAACAGAGCCGGGCACUGGCUCAACAAAGCUUGGAAAAAUUCAACAAUUUGAGUGCUUUGGAAAAACAGCGAGUGCUACAACAGUUAGACCCUAAACAUUUUGAUCCAAUGGUGGUGGCUGCGGCUGCCGCUAAUUUACAACUGCAAGGAAUCAAUGAUUUUAGGGUAGCCGCAAUUGCUGCCGCAGCUGCACAAGCCGCUGGAAGUUCUUCUAUGGUAUCUAAUGCUGCAGCCGCUUCUGCAAUUGCCACUAGUACUGGCAUGAAUAGCAACAAUAAUAAUUUGGUUGGAAGUGGAACUAGCAGCAGUGGUGUGGGAAACUGUAGCAGCCCAGCUGUUUUGCCAUCAACUAGUACUAACUUAAGCACCAGUGCCAGUAGCGGUGGCGGAGGACACAGUUCUGCUGGUAAUCCUGGCAACACCAGCAUCAUGGGUAUUAGCGGCAACACUAACAGCAGCAAUGUCCAUCAUAACCAUCAGCUGCCCCCACCAUCGCAAUCACCUAGUGCUCAUUCCAGCCACUCUGCAUCAUCGUCUUCAUCACAUUCAACUGAACAAAUGGUGCAAAAAAAUGUUGAGCUUUUGCGUUCCAAUUUGGAAUCGAUUGAAUCUAAUAAAGACUUGCUUGCCUUGCAUAAUGGCGCCUGGACUGUGCCAGAUAAUAAUCGUGAACCUUUACCAGUAGGCCAAGACAAAAUAGUACGCAUUUUUGCAGAACUGAUGCGGAACAUGGCACGCAUGAAGACUUAUAUACGCCCAUCAAUGUGUAAACCGUAUGGCAAGCAGAGCGAAAGCUUACAAAAAACACUUUUAGACACAAUUCAAAUUGUACAAACCCUACGUAAUUGUUUGCCAGCACCACAUAUUCCGGUAUCUUCGUGGAAGAGUGAGAGUGAAGGCAACGCUGGAUUAAUAACUUCUAACAGUGGUGCGGUAGGUAAUUCCGGUACUAACAUAAUGAGUGGAUCUGUUAGUGUUGGUGGUGGUGUAAUGGUUUCAAAUCGAGUGGAGAAUUUGACCAAUUGAAUGUAAGCAAAUAGUUUUAGUUUUCUCGUUGUUCAUCUAUAAGUCUGUUCCAGGUACUUCAGUAUUUUGCAAGAAGGCUG